CUUACCUCUAAAUUUGGCGAUCGGCUUCAAAGCCUUGAACCCUCGCGCUUACCAAAUCCCCAUCGGAUUCCACCCCGAUAAACCCCCCAAACCGAGGUCGGAACCGCUCUAUAAGCUAUGGGUUGGACCUCUGGCUCUGGAGGAUCCAAUAUUCGCCGGAUUUGAGAUCCGGUGGGUUUCGACGCGCGGAUCCGGAGGAGACGCCACUAGUUUGUAGGGUUUGUUGGCUCCUUUGCGAUCCGGAAGGUCAUGGAGUACCGCGCCUUCGACAGCAGCGGGACCGAUGAUGAGCUACCUCCAACAUAUAAAUUUCGAGGAGUAAGAGAGCAUUUCAGUGGGAUCGGAAGGUCGUUAGCAGGCACACUUUCUCAGCCAAGGCCACACAGCAAUUUGGAUAGUGACAUACAUCAGAUGGAGCAGCAAGCAUAUACUGGUGUUCUCAGAGCAUUCAAAAUGCAAUCUGAUGCCCUAACUUGGGAGAAAGAAAGUCUAAUCACUGAAUUAAGAAGAGAACUGAAAGUCUCUGAUGAGGAACACAGAGUGCUAUUAAACAAGGUCAAUGAAGAGGAAGCUGUCCAUAGAAUAAGGCAGUCAAGGCAGGGAUGUGGUAUGCAAUCUAGCUUGCAUCAUAACAGUGUUAUUUCUCACAAUCUUGUACCUCUGAAGAGGCAGAAGAAAUCCCAUCCUGUUCCUGUCUAUUCACUCCCUGUGGGUCCCCAAUCACCCAUAAUGCCUUUACAUGCAGUGGCGAGCAACAAGGCAGAUACAGUAGGUUUGAUGGCACCUGAAAACAUAAGAUGGGGCUCUGCCUAUCAAACCCUUCCAAAUCAGGUUGGUUGGCUGUCAUCUGAUGGUGCUAUGCCAGGCACAGGAAGGAGAAGUGAAAGGUUUCAUGAGAAUGGGCAUCAUGCUUCACCCAAUGGCAUCAGCCUUUUCAACUCCAAUCAUAUUGAUGUACCUAAUACUGGCAAUCUUGUGAAGAAGGUAGAGCGGGUAUUAUCCCGUCCAGAUGUGUAUGCAAUUCAAAAGGCAAAGAAACUGCUUAUAGACCAAGAGCAGUCAUUGCUUGAUGCAAUUGCAAAACUUGAUGAAGCAUCUGAUAGUGAAAGUGAUGAUGUUGUGCUCCUUGAAGGAAGGAUUGGUGCUAUAGUUGGGUGACAUGGGUGUUGAAGUUAUCAGUUAGGUGCAGAACUUCACAUUACAAGCAGCAACUGGAUGUUUUGGAGUUCCCAGUUCAGACUGCUGGUUUGCAACUUAUUGGUCUGGUAGGUUAGGUUCUUUAGCACUAGGGCAAAUCUGCACAUGUUGUUAUGGGAAUGUGUAUGUUCAACACCAUGGUGUUGUGAUGCUAUUUCAUCUGUAGUCAAGUGUAGUUAGCUACCUAUGCUUGUCCUUCGGAACUGAGGAUUCAGUAGUAGUACUCUUGUAGAUUUGUUGUCCAUGGACAUCCAGUGCUGCUGCUACUGUGUAAGGAUGUUUACAGUUGUAUGUUAUAUAAACUUUAGUAGAGUUGAUCCCAAA